AUGGGCAAGCUUGUGCAUGGAGUAUCGACUGUCGGUGCCGUGUCAUUCCUUUUGUUGACGCUGGCAUCACGCAGGUCUCAAAGGGCUCGGUUUUACCUUAACUCAAUCCUUUGUGUGAUUAGCAUGGCGCUGAGCAGCUCGAUCGGCGUUGUGUGUGGACUUGUCCUCAGCCUGUUUCCAGGGAAGCGGUUCAACGUCAACUACAUUGUGGCACGCAGCUUCCACUUUUUCAUGAAGCCACUAAUCGGGAUGUACGUUGAAGUCGAAGGCGAAGAGCACCUGAAGCGUCGCCCAGCUAUAAUGGUAGGCAACCAUCAAAGUUCGAUUGACACUUUGUACCUGGGCCGUAUGUUCCCCGUGAAUUCCAUCAUCAUGGCCAAGAAAGAGCUCAAAUGGGUUCCUUUCUUGGGUCAGUUCAUGAUGCUCAGUGGCUCAGCCUUUAUUGACCGCAAGAGUCGCGCUUCUGCUAUCAAGACAAUGAAUGCCACUGGAGAGCACAUGCGUAAGAACAAUCUCAUGCUUUUUGUCUUCCCGGAAGGCACGCGAUCUAAUUUGUCUACGCCUGACAUGCUUCCAUUCAAGAAGGGCGCCUUCCAUUUGGCUGUUCAAACUCAACUUCCCAUCAUCCCCAUGGUGUGUGAAAACUACCAUCGGUUAUUCGACAGCAAGACUCGAUUUGAGCCUGGCAAGAUUCGCCUCAAGAUUCUACCACCCAUCGAAACUACCGGUAUGACGGAGAAAGAUGUGGAUAUGCUCUGUAACACGGUGCGCGAGAAGAUGCUUUCCCAGCUGCUGAGCUAUGCCAAUGAUGUCAAACAACAAAAGAUCGAAGCAAGCUCAGACUCAUCUGGUACAUCUUCGUCUGUCAACACACGUGCAUUGCCUGGCUUGUCCGCCCGAUUCUGA